GGAAAGGCGACAGAGAGCAGAGAGCCUCGGAGAUCAAUCUGGAAUAACUUGGCCAAAUCAUACGAAAGGAUAUGCCAGACUUUGUGGCUUUCACCCUCUGUGUCCUGCGCUUUUGGGCCCGUUCGCGCGGAAGUAAUCUGCAUGCGACCCGCGGUUGCAUCCAGUUCCACUAUUCUUCCGCGAGAGUGAUCGAGCGGACUGGACAACGAAUUUGAGACAUUCUGGACGAGCUGGAUGGGCUCUUCAUUCCCUCGGGACUCCUUUCCCUUCACCUCAACGACCAUCUCGUUCUUUCCUUCCGACUACACUCUUUACGCUACGUGCCACCGCCCGCCCGCUCGCCUCUUUUCUCGCCCGCGGUUGCCUUGAGAUGGCUAAAGAAAGCUCGCUGCCCUCUAGCCUCAUCCCACAUCUAUUCGACAGGCCGCAAGAACAAAGAAAUGCGUCUCCCAGCGCAAGCUCGCAAGAGCCGGAGGAGGCCCCUGUCCCGUUCGAGCCAAGUCGACAUCCCCCGUUUUCUCUUCGGCCUCUUGCCACAUCAGAUUCUUACCGACAACAUCCAAUACUGUACGAACCAGACGCUGGGCAUCUACCUUCCGGCUCCGGCUUCAGUGUGGGAUCUUCCUCAUUCCAUGCCUCCGGUUCACAUUAUCAAAAUCCGCCGCCCGGCGAGACAAGCUAUCGAGCAAUUCUUCAACAUCGGCAGCACGCGAGCUCGCCGCAAUAUCCUGGCAAUACCAGUCACUCGCGUUUGGCGGAAACCACGCUGCCUUGGGGCGAGGGCCAAGCGGGUCCUUCUCAAAUCCCAUCGUAUGCCAGUUCGAGCCAGCCAGGGUACCCGCAGCGGCGUUCUGUCGAUCCAAUCUACCCGGGCGAAUCAUCAUACGAGAGACUCCGCCCCGACCAGGAAUCCCUGCGCCUGCCUUUGUCUUACGAAAGACCGUUCGAUGGAAGGUAUCCUUACCCAGAUCCUCAGUACUUGCCGCCACUACAUCGGCCUUCGCCAGCGGCAUCAGCGUCGUACGAUGGCCCAAGAGGGACCCCUCGCCAAUAUCCCUACGAAGACGAUGAUCCCAGGCCAACAAAGAUCCAGAAGAAGAUCGGGGUAGCAUGCAACUUCUGUCGACAACGAAAGUUGAAAUGCGACGGCAAGAAGCCUAUCUGCGGAAAUUGUGAAUCACGCGGGAACAUUUGCCACUUCCGCUCUGAGCAAAAGCGUCGCGGUCCAGGCAAGGGCAAAAGCAGCAGAAAAAAGACAGACAGCAGACGGCCAGAGGGGUCUUCCGGCCGACGGGAUGAUUUUUUGCCAGAGUCGCGUUUCCGAGACGAUGAUGGCACCUCAAUGCCGACGCGGCGAUCGUAUGAUCUUGCGUCUCAGGGAGACUCGUCACCCACGACAGGAGAUGACGAAGAUGACGACCAGCAGCAAUAUGCAGAAACGGACUCGGAGUAUCGAGAAUCCGAUUCUUCCCGGAUAAUGAGGAGACGGCAAAACCCGGACGACCGCGAAGGACAAUACCCACGUCCGCUAGAGGAACACGACAGACAGUAGGGCAUUGCGAUACUUUCGAGACUCGAUGUCGAGCGCAGAGAUGAGACAUGCCAUAUCUGAAGGUUCCGAGGGAGUGACAGGGCUCCGCUGCUUCUUUUUACGUACUCGUUUCCUCGUUCUCGGCCGUCAACCGCUGGGACUGGACGCCUUGAGGCCAGUGUUGUGUUCUGCACCUUAUUCUAAAAAUGGAAUCGCGCAAGAGGCGCUGGAUGCUCGCUUCGAAGACUACCUAGUCACAUUUUUACACUAAACUCAGAUCUAUUGGGGAUAUCUACGUGCAAAAUCACUUGUACGCUCCAACUGGUACUGAUCACAAUAUCCCACGUGACCGGUUGGUGGCAAGGCGGCAGGCAAAGCCUGGAGUUCCAGCGGCAGAGAGAGCACUCAGCGUAACACCUCUCAAAGUCUAGGAUUGUAGGUAUACGACACCCGGCAUCUUACUGUGCAACUCCCAAAGAAAACGGAGGAGAAUUUGCUGAGCAUAGGCCGGUGCUUGGUGCGCAGUUCGACUGGGCUCAAUUCUCCAUUGUUAUGGAUGGGACUUGAUAUUCUGUAGGAAGCAUAGUACUAUAACUCGUGUGCCAAGUUUCAGAGAGAACUGUGGACAAUUGAAUGAGUAUGAGGCACAACAAUCUUGCCCCAGCUCCCAUCAAAAGUCCUUAGAAUUUGUUCUUGUUUUGUGCGCGCUGGCAGCCCUUAGUCGAUGAUUGCUCGCUUCGCUCGCAAUAAUCGUAUCCGUAGUUUUCAUACUGUUCUGCAUAGUCAUAACUAGGAGGGCAUGGCCCAUAAUACAUGUUGUUGUAGAAAUCACCAGAUUUAGAGUCGAUUCAUAAAGAACCUGAUUGUCGGCUGCGAGUGCGAGGCCGCGAGCAUAUUAAAUAACCAGCCCCCCAGCCUUGAUCUUUUCCUUCGGUCUCCCCCACGCUUACCGGGGCUAACCAAGGUUGCAAGCGCGGGACAGUCAGACUCGCUUCAAGACCAACUCCGAUUCUCGGGACCUAUCUUAAAUAACUUGGUCCGGGUCGGGUUGAUCAGAGCUUUGAAUCCCCGCUUGCAGCCGCUUGUCUGACGGUCGAGCCUGAGUACGCUCGUCUCUUUCCUCGCGCGCUCCCCGGCUCCCUGAAUCGCUCGUCCUGUCGUCUGUCAACUUUCCUUCGCGUCUUUUAUGCAGUCCGUCGAACCACGGAAAUGGCAAGAUGAUCGGGAUUCACCCUACAGCCGCAACCCCACCGGAACUGGCUCCACUGGUCUCACUCUCCUGGUCGCAGGAUGUCGAGGAGGGAAGAGUUCUUUCCUCCGCUUACUCGUCGACACGAGCGCCAUCUCGGCAGACGCGCCCCCCGAGCAGAUUCAGGCCCUGGCCAAGUUCAUACAAGCGUCCAAUGCCCCAACUUCGAAUAUAAGAACGGUCGAUUUCACCGUGUCGAUAGACUCGGGACAGGACCUUACCCUGACACUCAUUGACACUCCGGCGCUGGAUGCCCAAGACGAGGCGCACAAUGCAAGGGUCGUGUUGGAGAUGCUUCAUUCGAUCGAGUCGCGGUUAGCGCAAGGAGAAGACGAGGAAUGGACCGCCAAAAACGGGGACCCUUAUGUCCACUUGUGCAUUUACUUUCUUGACCCUGAUCAAAUUGUCCCUCCACCAUGCCCCAUUCCAGUCCUUCCCCGCUCUCGGGCCGACAGUUUUUCUCAAGGCGACUCGGAGCUCACUCUGGAACCUCCCCUGCCCAGCAAUCCAUUGUUGCACCGCCCAUCCCUUCCUCAGUCCGAGAUACAAACCAUCCGCCGGCUCUCCUCGCGGGUUAACGUCCUUCCCGUGAUAGCCCGUGCGGAUCUCUUGUGCAACGAACGGCUUGCGGCUGUGAAAAUGGCCGUGCGAAGAGAUUUGGCUCUGAACGGCAUCGGAUUUGGCAUAUUCGACAUCGAUCAUCAUCCGGGCGCGGACAGAGAGUAUUCAAAUGGCACGAGCAACGGGACAUCAAAAUCACCGCCCAACUCUCCAUCGCUUUCGUCACCGCUUCUGAGACUCCCCUAUGCCCUUAUAUCUCCCGACGCCUAUUCUCAUAGCGACGGCGUCCAUCGGAUCCCUGUAUCCCGGCACGAACUCGCUGUCCAGUACACUCCAUCACCAACAUCUGCCUCCAAGCAAAAGCAAAGGAAAUACACGAGAUCCUAUCGCUGGGGCACGAUUGACAUUUUGGAUCCCUCUCACAGCGACUUCGUCCCGCUUCGCACUGCUAUCUUCCAUCACAUGAAGACCCUCCAGAAAUACACCAGAGAAUACUUAUUCGACAAAUUCCGGAUCGAAUGCUUGCCGCAGCGCUCCUCGAGUCGGCAUCUGCCUCAUCUAACGUCGUCGAGGCUGAGCAGCUCGGUAUCGCACGGAACCCGCCCGAUCUUGGCCAUUGACACAGCCCCCGAGAACGCUGGACCCGUUGUUGGUCGCCGUCACUCGUUACGGGAGAUCACCAUUGGCGACGUCCAUCCCUCGCGCAAUGAGUCCGCGACUGCUCCCGUUAUGGCCAGAGGGCCGGCCCCCGGCUCAGCCACCAUGGGAAGACAGCGGAGCAAAAAGAUCACCGUGGCAUGCAACUUUUGCCGAUCCCGCAAAUUGAAAUGUGACGGCGGCCGCCCUUCGUGCAGUCAGUGCGUGAAGCGCUCUCAUCCCUGCGACUACAUGGUCCAGAACCGGCGACGAACUACCGUACCGCUCAGCAAGGGGGACGAAAGCGACAGUGCGGAGAGUGUCGAGGAAGGCUUGAUCGAGAAUGCAGAUCAAUCUCUUUCACCUGAAGUAGUGCCGCGCCGAAAUCUGUCUCCGCUGCUGGACCGCAGAGACGAGCUCCCGCCGAUCGCCACUGUUUCUCGUCGGUCUUUGGACAACGAGUUGCCGCACAUCACCACCCUUUCUUUGCCCGACACCUCGCCGUCGACUCCCGGCCAGAUAUCUGCACCUUCUCUGCCGCCGAUCCUGCCUGCAUCGGAGCAACAAGCUGCGCAAAGGAAGCGCGCCGCGACUGCUUCGGGGAAACCCGCGCGUUUGCCGACCACUUCUGGUCCCAAAGUCGUUGCUUGCAAUCAUUGUCGAGCUCGCAAGACGAAAUGCGACGGGAUCCAUCCUUCCUGCUCGAGUUGUACGCGACGCAAUCUGUCCUGCACUUAUCUGCACGACUCGAAUGGGAAGAAGCCCAAUCGACGGACAUCUCAGCCCUCGGCUUCUCCCCCUCCUCUGCUUCCGGACGACGGUCCAGAUGAUCACAAGAGGCCGGUGGAUCACCUGGACACCAGUCGGCCGCCGAAGAAAAUGAAGAUGUCGAUGGGUGGCUCGCCCUGACCGACGGAUAUACCCGCGCAUCUUGCUGUGCCUACUACUAGAUACCUUCAUUUGUUGUCUCCAUCUUGUUGUCUUGGGUUUAGGCUUACUUGUAUCUGUAACAUAAAAUGGGCCACUGUAUACAACAUGCCAUCUCUUUGAUGCGCAGUGGCUGUGCAUUUGCUUGUCAAUCUAACUCAGGAAAGUGUCCUUGGCCCUGGCUUACCCACGCUCCUGAAUCUUUCCUGGUGGCCACAAAGGACGUUCACUCAUCCUUUGCCCUCUCCGCCUCUCAUUCGUCACUGCCAUGUUUUCCUUCCGUCGCAAGUCUACUACUCAACCAGAAGCUCCACGAAUCCGCACCUCCCCCUCUCUGCCAACUCUCAACAGUCAGGGAAUUCCAUGGCCAGAGAACCUCAUUGAUGUCGAGGCCAUCCGCCAGACUUCCCCAGAUCUCGAGCAGCCUAAAUCUCCGAUUCAAUCCGCUGCGCGGACCCCCAUUCCCUUUCAUAAACCCUUCCGCGCCGCUUCUGGCCACGCUGGAAAUGGGACCAUUUCUUCCCUGUACAUGUCUUCCCCACCGUCGGCUUUCAACACUCCAGAUGGCCGCAAGUCCUCCGCCUCCAACACGCGUCUGAGCAGUCAACGUCGGGCCAAAGUUCCUCCCACUUUCAACAUCAUGGUUGUGGGGAGCAAGGGCAUAGGCAAAACAAGCUUGUUACGCUUGCUCUUGGAUACCGCCGAUGUGUCUCCGACCGCAACGGCCGACCAGCGGGCCGCCGCUCAUGCGUUCCUUCGCGGACAACCCAAAAGCACUCAGUCGAUCCAGACAGCCUGCGUGGAAAUCUGUGAAUCCCGCUUCGAUAGAGUGUUACUUUCGGUCAUUGACACGCCCGGACUCGACUUUUCGGAGGGUCGCGAGCUGAAGCUGGAACGCCAAGUCAACUCGGUCAUGAAGUACAUUGACGCACAGUAUGCUGAUACGAUGAGCGAGGUCAGUUUCUCACAUCUUGCUCUACAGCGACAGCUGAAGUUGGUCCAGGAAUCCAAAGUGGUCCGUAAAAGCAAAGGAGACCAACACAUCCACCUGUGCAUCUACAUGAUCGACCCCACGUCAAUCAUGUCCAAGACUGGCCGCGCAGAGCAGUCUUCGCUGCCUCAGAAAACGCGAUCAGAAACUACAGUUUCAUAUCGCAAUCCUCCUGAUCUCGUGCCGGAUACUUCCUCGGACGACUCUGAGGAUGAAAGUGAGGGAGCCUUGACUAUGAGUCCAGCCGAGCUUCGCGUUAUCCGUCGCCUCUCGGCUCGGGUCAACUUGCUGCCCGUCAUUGGUCGCUCAGAUGCCCUGACGGAUACUAAACUGGCACAAGUGAAGACCGCUGUACAAGAAGGUCUUACUGGGGCAGGGCUCGAUUUCGGCGUGUUUAGUCCUCCCAGCUCGGAGACGGUUGAAACCCCGAAGCGACGUACUCGCUUUACCGAAGCGCACGGAGACGGAAAUGGGGAAGUGAAAGACGAAGAAGAGGAAGAGGAUGAACGCCAAUCGCGACCUGUUAUCAAGUUGAGGAGUCGCAACCGCGGACUAUCACGUUCGCGUUCUCGUCGAGAUCUCUCUCGUGCAGGAGACGACGACCGCCGGCCUGUCUCUCCCGAUGCCGAGAGUCUGGCUCAAGUUCGGUUCUCCGCUCACAUCGUCGCCAAGACCGACCUGAGCACGUUGUUGCCCUUUGCGCUGAUUGCGCCGGAAACUAGGCGGAACAAACGCGACUCGGAAGACACACACGCUCUCAACACUCCGUCUUCUCUGGUACGACAGUCUGAGGAUGGACACACCUCUGAGUCAUCUGUUGAUGACCAGACUCCGUCGACCCCGGCUUCUGCUCGCUCUGGCAGAGCCUUGCCUUUCUUGAAAGGCCCGAUGCACGACGAUCUCAAGGGUGUGUUUGUGCGCAAAUACCGAUGGGGAACCAUCGACGUCCUGGACCCCAGCCACUGCGACUUUGCUGCUCUCCGAACAGCCGUUCUGUCCACUCACCUCAAUGUUCUCAAAAACCACACGAAAGAACACUAUUAUGAGAAAUUCAGAACAGAGAAACUGCUCGCUCGCCGUGCAACUGCCAACUUUACUGAUGAAGAAACUCAGAGACUGCUGGAAGAUCUUGGAUUGUAAAACAAUCUCGAUGCUCAUCUAUCGCUGUAGGAAAUUACCAUCUGAUGGAUU